AGAGGCAGAGAGGGAGGGGCUACAGAUCACACGAGGAACACAGGAUGAGACAGCAAUACAGACGACAGUAACGGAGAAAGAGGAACAAGGGGAAAAAAGUUUGGUGAAGUAAGAGAUGUGAUGAGUCGGUCAAAGGGGCUGUAGUGUACAGUGAGAGAUUAGUGACAAGAAGUUAGAGAGUGUUUGUGAAUAGGUCUUUUGUCCCUUGAAUUUAGUUUUACUGCCAGUUUUGUAACAUUUUCCUGCACCAGUCACUAAGGCUGAUUCGGUCCAGGCUAGACCAGAGGGACAGAUUCCAGCUGACUUCUACUUUAAAUCCUAUCCAAAAAAGACAAGAGACCGUGAGUAAGUGUUAGGCAGUGUUUAAAAAAUGACCAAAAGGUCAGCAUCUACUCAAAAAGAUGGAGCAGUCGCGGUGAAUGGACACAAAGUUUGCCAAAAUGGGACUCAGUCAGAUCCCAGUGAGAAACCGCAGGACAAGGAUGACAGAAAGGUGGAACUAGGAAAGAAGGUGACCCUGCUCCGAGGGGUCUCCAUCAUCAUCGGCACCAUCAUCGGAGCCGGGAUCUUCAUUUCUCCAAAGGGCAUCCUGAAGCACUCCGGCAGUGUAGGAAUGUCACUGAUAGUGUGGAUCGCCUGCGGUGUGCUGUCACUCUUCGGAGCCCUGUCCUAUGCUGAGCUGGGGACUUGUAUUAAGAAGUCUGGUGGACAUUACACGUAUAUAAUGGAAGCCUUCGGACCUCAAAUGGCUUUCAUAAGGCUAUGGGUUGAUCUCAUUGCUAUAAGGCCUGCAGCGAUGGCAGUCAUCUCUCUGGCCUUUGGUCAGUACAUUCUGGAACCUCUGUUCAUGCCUUGUGUUAUCCCCCCUAUGGCUGUCAAACUGGCUACCGCCAUCGGCAUAACUUCUGUCAUGUACCUGAACAGUAUGAGUGUGACGUGGACAGCCAGGAUUCAAAUCUUCCUCACCUUCAGCAAGCUGCUGGCCAUCGCCAUCAUCAUAGUGCCUGGAAUGUACCAGCUCUUUAAAGGAGAGACCAAGAACUUUGAGAAUGCCUUUGACCUGAACAAUGUGAAGCUGUCUGGUAUGCCACUAGCUUUCUACUCUGGGAUGUAUGCAUAUGCUGGGUGGUUCUAUUUGAACUUUGUGACGGAGGAGGUGGAUAACCCUGAACGGACUGUCCCAUUAGCUAUCUGUAUCUCCAUGGCGAUAGUGACUUUCUGCUAUGUGCUGACCAACGUGGCGUACUACACUGUGAUGUCAGCAGAGGAGCUCCUGGCCUCGGAAGCAGUCGCUGUGACCUUUGCUGAGAGGCUGAUGGGGAACUUCUCGACAGUGGUGCCGGUGUUUGUGGCGCUUUCCUGCUACGGAUCCAUGAAUGGCGGCCUCUUUGCCCUAUCAAGAAUGUUCUUCGUGGCAUCGCGUGAAGGACAGCUCCCUGAAGUUUUGUCUAUGAUCCACGUGCACAGACACACUCCACUGGCUGCUGUCCUCAUACUGUACCCUAUGACCAUGCUCCAGCUGUUUGUGGGAGACAUCUACAGCCUGUUGAACUUCAUGAGCUUCCUGCGGUGGCUGUUCAUUGGUGUAGUGGUGCUGGGUUUGAUCUACCUCCGGUAUACAAAACCGGACCUCCCCCGCCCUUUUAAGGUCCCGCUCUUCAUCCCAGUGGUUUUCUGCCUCACGUGUUUCUUCAUGGUCUUCCUGUCUCUGUACUCGGACCCGGUCAACACAGGGAUUGGAUUUGCCAUUUCCCUCACCGGCAUCCCCGCCUACUAUAUUUUCAUUUACUUCAACCGCAGACCAAAGUGGCUUCAACAGGCUUUAGAUUCCUUCAACAGGACCUUGCAGAUCCUCCUUCAGGUCGUCCCUGCUGAGCAAUAACAGCACACAAACACAGUAUCACCCCUUUGGUCCCUUCAGAUCACACACUGUGCUGAAGAAAGUAAAACUGAAAGUUAUAAAUGUCUCUGCUGAAUGUGAGCUUAUAUGAUGUGUUUUUAUCAAAGGAUACACUGUCUGUACCAAGUGAAAAUAAUUUGGUAUCUACAUGUCAUUGUUUCUGUGAACAUGUGAUUAUUUAUGUAAAAGUAAAUGUCCACUCAACAACCCACACUAACUUUGUCUGUACAGAGCAAGUCACUGCACAUGAUCUUGUCUUGACUAAUGUGAUUAUAUUAUAUAGUAUCUGAUUCUUUUGAUUGGUGCCACCUUAUCACUGUUUCCUGACGUAACCACUAACUGUAAUGUGUUAUUUAUGUAAACUUAGGUCAUUUUUUGGGGCAUUUAAAUAUCAAACAUUGUAAAACGAGCAUACAUUGUGAUCAAUAAACAAUGACAACGUUAGGGCGAAGCCAAAUGAGUUUUUCUAAAAUAAAAAAGCUUUUCUAUAGGACACAUAGAUUUUCAGUUCCCUCAGUCAUGAUAACGUUGUGGACACAGAUGAAACUCUGGGCGAGGAAUUUAUGAUGCCUGUGUAAGAGGAAAAUACAAAUGAUUAUGUCUGUAUCAAUUAAAGGGCUGCAAAA